AUGGCGUCCAUACGAAGGGUCGCUUCGUACACAUCCUCGGAAUACUCAGAAUCACCACAAAGUCGAGAUGAGCAGCCCAGACGGUCGUCGUCGAGCUCAGGUGUAGAACGGGAAGUUGCGUUUCCCCACAACACUAACACAGAAGGAGUAUCUGAGCAAGCAGGAGCAGCCGAAAAGCCACUGAUUAGCCAUUCGAGCGGCAGUCAGAGUCCGGCUUCUGAUCAUGGAUUCGAUUUCGGCAUCCUCCCGUCGGCAGAGCGCUCCUCCUCCCCCUUGCCCUUCGCGCCUAUUGUGCCUUCGCCGCUUGCAAACUCCAGAUCGGCGAGCCAUGAAAGCUCAGAAGGGAACGAUAUGCUCUCGAGCGAUGAGACGCAGACGAAGAAGAAUCGACCGCGCACCACGGCGGGUCGGCUUCACUUGCGCCUUCCGCCCCGGACUCACCUGAGAACACCAAAGGCGAGGAGUACAACAGACUUGUCAAGCCAAGCACCUCGCUCUCCUGGCACCCCACUCACGUUACAAGACCUGGGCACCGACUACACUCGCUAUUUCAAUCCCUUCUCAGACGCCGCCACUAGUACUCCUAGCCGUAGUCGAAGGACUUCCUUGUCAGAACGUCGGUCUUACGGUAGGCUGGGUGUGGACUCGCGCACCACCACUCCGCCGCCCUGUUUACCGCUGACCAAUCCGUUUCUUACGCCCAAUGACUCUGCGACGGGACUCAAUGAAAAUGCUCAUGACCUGUACGACACAAAGAAGAAUGUGUCCUUUAUUGACGAUAGGUUGACGGCGCCAUACGAGGAAAAGGGAAUGGCCUCUUGGCCACUAGUAUGCGAUCAAGAGGAAGCUGACGAUGAAAUGCACAUGCCUCGCGAUGAUGAUGACAUCAAGUUCAAACCCAGGAUACGCGACCAUUUCACAAGAGACAGCAUCAUGUCCACCAUCGGCUUAGCGUUUAUGAUAUGUGGGCUACUAUUUAUAUUUGUCGGACUUCCAGUGCUUUCCGCAGUAGGCAUUAUCGAUUAUAAUUCAGCCUACGGCAUGCCGCUGAGUAUGUUUCCUAAUCCAUGGAGGCCUCAAAUCUGGGCAAUAGUCAACAACAAAAGAUAUCCACUUUUGGAGAAUAUACGUAAGGGCCUGAUCGACCCGGACACACCCGACUCUGUGAAAACAAGAACUGGGGAGUUCGGCGACGAAUACGUGCUGGUUUUCAGCGACGAGUUCAACGACAACAAUCGUACGUUCUACGAAGGAGACGACCCGUACUUCUAUGCACCCAACGUGUGGUAUGGUGCGACGCAGGAUAUUGAAUGGUACGAUCCGGAUGCUGUUACCACCCACGACGGCACACUCCAGCUGCGCUUAGAAGAGUUCUUCAAUCACGGCCUCAAGUUUCGGUCUGGAAUGCUGAACAGUUGGAACCAGCUGUGCUUCAAAGGUGGCAUCUUCGAAGUCUCAGUAUCACUACCAGGUCCAGCCGGUGUACAAGGACUUUGGCCUGGUGCGUGGACGAUGGGCAACCUCGGCCGGCCAGGCUACUUGAGUACAACCGAUGGCCUGUGGCCCUACACUUACCAAGCUUGCGACGCUGGCAUCACGCCCAACCAAUCUAGCCCUGACGGCCUGUCUCACUUGCCUGGACAACGACUGAACUCGUGCACCUGCCCUGGUGAGGAUCAUCCAACGCCAGGGACGGGAAGAGGAGUGCCAGAGAUCGAUAUCAUUGAGGUGGGUGCCACAUCAGGCUACCCAGGUCCAAAUGGUCUUCCAAUAGCGACACAAAGCUAUCAAGUUGCGCCAUUCGAUAUCUGGUACUAUCCAAAUUACAACUACACGGCGUUGCCAGACCUUCGUUACAGUGGACUCAACACUUACUCCGGCGGAGCCUUCCAACAGGCCAUCUCUGCCACCACGAUACUGAACAAAGAUUGGUUCGAUAACAAGCAGUAUCAACGGUUCUCUUUCGAGUAUGUUCCAGGAGAAGGCAAAGAUGCUUAUAUAUCCUGGAAAGUGGGCGACCAAACAAUGUUUAUCAUGGACGGGCGCGCUAUAGGACCAAACGGCAACAUCCAGGCCCGCCAAAUCGCGCAGGAACCAUUAUCACUCAUUCUAAACAUGGGUCUCAGUAAUUCGUGGACCUGGAUCGACUGGAAGAACCUGGUUCUUCCUACUACCAUACGUUUCGACUACGUGAGAUGGUACCAGAAGAAAGGCGAGGAGAUGGUUACGUGCGAUCCCCCAGGCUUCGAGACUACAGACUACAUCAAAAAGCAUCCAAGAGCUUACAACAAUCCUAACUUUACUGUAUAUAUCUGCCUUGCUAUCGUAAAGUCAGACAACUAA